AUAUACUUGCAUCAGACGAUCCAUUAAAUACCGUACUAUUUAAAGUUCAUCUCUCAGUCAUACGUUUGCUGUAAGACGUAAUUCAUUUUCACCUAAUCGUCAUGAUGUUAAGCGCUAUGUCGAAAACUGCUAUUGGAAUUAUAAGAACUGUAAAACCAACGUUAUUUCAACAAGAGUUUACAAAAAUUGUUGGAACAUUACCUACCUUCAAUCGAGAAUAUGCAACUAAAUCAGCAACAGUAACUAAAGGUGCUCAAGGAAAAGUUGUAGCUGUUAUCGGUGCUGUUGUUGAUGUGCAAUUUGAUGAUGAAUUACCCCCUAUUCUUAAUGCUUUGGAGGUUCAAAAUCGUACACCUAGACUAGUCUUGGAAGUUGCUCAACAUUUAGGAGAAAACACUGUUCGUACAAUUGCUAUGGAUGGUACAGAAGGACUUGUACGUGGCCAAAAUGUUUUGGAUAGUGGAUAUCCUAUUCGUAUUCCUGUGGGAGCUGAAACUUUAGGUCGAAUAAUCAAUGUCAUUGGUGAACCUAUUGAUGAACGUGGUCCUAUUCCAACUAAUAAACUUGCUCCUAUUCAUGCUGAUGCUCCAGAGUUUGUAGAGAUGUCAGUUGAACAAGAGAUUUUAGUAACUGGAAUAAAGGUUGUGGAUCUGUUGGCUCCUUAUGCCAAGGGUGGUAAAAUUGGCUUAUUUGGUGGUGCUGGUGUUGGUAAAACCGUACUUAUUAUGGAGUUGAUUAACAAUGUUGCCAAAGCUCAUGGUGGUUACUCUGUAUUUGCUGGUGUUGGUGAACGAACUCGUGAAGGCAAUGAUCUGUAUCAGGAAAUGAUUGAAUCUGGUGUAAUUUCUCUUAAAGAUAAAACAUCUAAGGUGUCACUUGUAUAUGGCCAAAUGAAUGAACCCCCAGGUGCUCGUGCACGAGUUGCUCUGACUGGUUUAACUGUUGCUGAAUACUUCCGUGAUCAAGAAGGACAGGACGUGUUACUUUUUAUCGACAAUAUUUUCAGGUUCACUCAAGCUGGUUCUGAGGUAUCAGCCUUAUUAGGGCGUAUACCAUCUGCUGUGGGUUAUCAACCAACUUUAGCAACUGACAUGGGGACCAUGCAAGAAAGAAUUACAACAACAACAAAAGGAUCCAUUACUUCUGUUCAGGCCAUAUACGUACCUGCUGAUGAUUUGACUGAUCCUGCACCUGCCACCACAUUUGCUCACUUAGAUGCAACCACUGUUUUGUCGCGUGCUAUUGCUGAGCUUGGCAUUUAUCCCGCCGUUGAUCCUCUCGAUUCAACUUCCCGUAUUAUGGAUCCAAACAUAAUUGGUGCUGAGCAUUAUAAUAUUGCUCGUGGUGUGCAGAAAAUCUUACAAGAUUACAAAUCGUUGCAAGAUAUUAUUGCUAUUUUAGGUAUGGAUGAACUAUCUGAAGAAGACAAGCUUACUGUUGCACGUGCACGUAAAAUUCAAAGAUUCUUAUCUCAGCCAUUCCAAGUUGCUGAAGUAUUUACUGGUCAUGCAGGUAAAUUAGUACCACUUGCAGAAACAAUCAAAGGAUUUCAGAAAAUUUUGAAUGGUGAAUUAGAUCAUUUACCUGAAGUUGCAUUUUAUAUGGUUGGUCCAAUUGAAGAAGUAGUAGCCAAAGCAGAAUUUUUGGCUAACUCAUAAAUUUUAUUAUUAAAAGUUA